AGCACCAUCGAGAGCGAGCCAACAGCGAACGCCUGCGCGAAGCCUUGCGCGAGCCGCCAUGGCGUCUCGGAGUUGCGCGCGCGCGAGCGUGAGCAUCCAGCGCGCGUUCAUACGCUGGUUUCAAAGCCCUGGUCAAUUCAACGACGCAGAGGAGCCCUCAAGAAUUUUCCAAACUCGUAUUUAUUUUGGGGUUUGAUUGGACAAGGAGAGAAAGAGGAGAAGCAGGAGAUAUCGGAUUAGGGUUUUGUGAAUCGAGGACAAAGAGGAGCUAAGAUGGGUUGCGCUUGCUCCAGAGCGAAGGUGGACGAGAAGACGGAACAGCUGAUUUGUGAUAGUGAUUCGUGUAGUUUUGUUGCUGCCAAGAAGGAGGAUCGGUGGAAUUAUUCCGGUGAAAUCGCGGUGACGCCGGCAAGGGCUGGAGCUAGUAAGGCUUCAGAAACAAGUUCAUUUUUUGGAAGGGCUAGCCUGGCUGGACUAGAGAAGGCCAUGGAAGUUAUAGAUACUCUUGGGAGUAGCAUGUCGAAUUUGAAUGCUGGCAAUGGGUUCAUUUCAGGAACGACCGCAAGAGAAAAUAAGAUAUCAAUUCUGGCCUUUGAAGUUGCUAACACAAUUGUUAAAGGUGCUAAUCUAUUGAGAUCUCUUUCAGAAGAGAACAUCCAAUUUUUAAAAGAUGAGGUCUUUCAGUCAGAUGGAGUUAGACAGUUGAUUUCAGCGGAUACGGUAGAAUUGCUCGUUCUCACCUCCACUGACAAAAGAGAGGAACUUGAUGUUUUCUCCAGAGAAGUAAUUAGAUUUGGAGACCUUUGCAAAGAUCCAACGUGGCAUAAUUUGGGUCGUUAUUUUCAAAGGUUGGACUCAGAUUUUAGUCAUCGCCCGUGCAAAGAAGAGGUGGAAACCACAAUGCAGCAACUAAUGGAUUUGGCGCAGACUACAUCCGAGCUCUAUCACGAAUUGCAUGCAUUAGACAGAUUUGAACAAGAUCAUCAAAGGAGGCUUCAUGAAGAAAAGUUACUGCCUGCUGCUAGACGGGAGUCUCUCAUGAUUUUGCAGAGUGAACUCAAACACCAAAGAAAGUUGGUCAGGAGUUUGAAAAAGAAGUCCCUUUGGUCUAGAAGUUUGGAGGAGGUUGUUGAGAAACUUGUUGAGAUUGUUAUCUUUGUACAUAAGGAGAUCGAUGAGGUAUUUGGCACCAAUUCUGUUACCGCUGCACCAAAUCAUACUGGAAGAUUGGGUACUUCUGGUCUUGCCUUGCAUUACGCCAACAUUAUCAAUCAAAUUGAUAGUAUAGUAUGUAGGCCAUUUUCACUUCCUGCAAAUAUGAGGGAAACUUUGUAUCGAGGACUGCCAGCAGAUGUGAAGAUUGCUUUACGUUCCCGAUUACAUCCAUUUGAUGCAAAUGAAAAGAAUACUGGUGCUCAGAUAAAAGCUGAGUUGCAGAAAACUCUCAAAUGGAUUGUCCCAAUAGCUGACAAUACUGUAAGAAUCCAUCAAGGUUUUGGUUGGGUUGGAGAAUGGGCAAACAUCAGUACUGAGGUUAACAAAAAGCCAUCACCACAACACAACAUUGCUCGUAUUCAGACACUUUUCCACGCAGAUAAGAGGAAGACUGAAGAAGUCAUACUUGAACUUAUUGUUUGGCUUCACCGUCUUAUAAUCCAAGUGAAGAACAAAGGGUAUGGUAUGGAGAUCUUGAAUUCAGGCAAUGCCCAAUCUAACAAAGUUACUUCUCUACAACAAGAGACAAAGAAAGAUGCGUUCGGUGUGGACAAUGUGAAUCAUAUUAGCAACACCAUUCAACUCUCGAAAGAGGAAGUAGAGAUGUUGGAAGGUGCAAGCUCGACUCGAACGGUGCUAGGCAGAAGCAAAAGCCUGCAGGUGUCUUCCGUAAGCAGAAGUGAGACAAGGACACGCAGAAGACAUUGUUUUAGCAGGAGUUGUGACAGUUCUCCAGCCAGGGAGUCAUGUAUGGCUUCAAACUUGCAUUUUGAGUUGAAGAAUGUGUUGGAUGUGAUGGAUGGUCUUGAUACACUGUAACUACAGCCUGCUAUUAUCAUCUCAUGUUAGUCUUAUACUUCUAUAUGUUAUAACUUCAUGUAUCUCAUUGUUUAUUUUUGAUUGUAUAUCUACAUCAACCAGUAAUUUGUGUAUAUGUAAAGGCAAGCUUGUAUUGGGUUUAAGAAUGAUGAGUGGUAGCCUAUUGUUUUGGUUGUAAGCAUGAACUGUUCUAGUGGCUUUUUUCCUGUA